AUGGAUUCCUUAAGCAGGAUGACCGAGACAACACAGCAAUGUGUUGCGGCUUCAAAGCUAUUGAUUGGGCUCCCUGAAGGGACACCAAUAGUCAAAUAUACCAAUAUGAAGAGACUGAAGAAUAUAAUAGAUAGUCAGUCUCACGACUGUUAUGUAGAUAGCUCGAAAAGCCCUUUUUUAGUUGUUACAUGUGUGCGCGAUACCUUCUUUGAAGACUUUGACAAGACCUACCCCGAUAGAGGCCCAAAAAUCUCAUACAAGCUUGAAGAAGGAGGCCCAAUUGCAGUUCUCGAAGUCAUGGCGAGCGGUGUCCAUGAAGUUACCAACGCCCGCCUCCAGUUGGAGGUCGGAAAAGCGCUGGAGGCGAUGGGCCUCGAGUACGAACUCAUUGGCAUAAACCAGAAACUGGUGGAGAGCUCAAAUAAGGCCUGGAAGAAGCAGGCAGACCUAUCUUAUGCUAUAGCAGGCCAUACCCGUUGGCCCGUGCUGGUCUUUGGGACUGGCUUGUCGGAAACCGCGAAAAAGCUGGCGAUCGACGCUCAGGGAUGGCUGGAGGCACAGGGAUCCGACACCCAAGUUGCCAUAACGAUAAAGAUCGAUCGGCAUCAGCCAAAUAUUACUCUCCAACGUUGGGAGCUCUCAUAUCCUCGACGCAUGACCCGUUCUCAACAACCAAUUGGAGCGGUUACGCAAGAAGUCCGCGUUUUUUACAAGGACGGCGUCGCGAGAGCGACAGGGGAUCUAAUCAUCCCCUUUGACAAAGUAUUCCGCCGUCCAAAACGUGGCCGCAGAGAAGCCGACAUUAGCAUCAAGAAAGAGAAGCUGGUAUACAUGGGCGAGUUAAUCUGGGCGGAGCAGGGGCUUGUCUAA